UGCCAUUCUAGCAUUUAAAUUAAUGGAUGGUGCAAAUCUAAACACAAGUGAGCGCCAAUUAGCACUUACCUUGGGUGCAGAUUUAAAAUUCAAGACAAUGAAGUCUGCAUUAAAGAGAGUUUUUGGGAAUACAACACCUGCGGAAGCAACUCCCAAUAUUAAAGAAGAAGUAUUCACCAAUCGACUAAUGGAAAGAAAGAAGACUGGAAUGAAGAAAGAAGUAACACCAAAAAAAGUUAAUCCGCGAAACAAGUUUGGCAACGUCACCCGAUGUGUAAUAUGCGACUCAAAAAUGCAUUGGGUCCCAACAUGUCCGCACAAAGAGCAAGUUAUGUCCACUGAAAUGGAGCGGCAAAAUGUCGCUAUCAAUCUACAGAUGGAUAAUGAGAAGAUGGAGGUAUUAUCAAAUGAAGCUGAUGGACAUGCUGUUGUCGAUACAGCUUGUACAAAGACGGUCAGCCUGUGACAAGUAAAGAGUAUGUGAACUUACUUGUUAAACAUCAAUCAACUGAAACUUUAAAGAAAACCUUCAUCAAAUUACAUAAACAAUUCGGACAUGCUUCGAUUGAAAACUUAAAUAGACUUUUGCAAAGAGCCGGUAUG